AUGAAGUUGGUACUUGGCUUGGUCGUUCUUGCUGUCGGCGCGCACGCCAUGACCAUCGUGACUGUCAGCACCCCGGAACCGAAGGUCGAGGCUAGUGUUGGGGGUUCCGCGGAACUCAAGUGUGAGUUUGACAUCCAACCGAACUCUACACAGCCUCCUACUAUCGCCUGGUUCAAGAGUACCGACUUCGCGCGUUACUGGUGUACCGUAGCGGAGUGGGGUGCGCGUACGGAGUUGGGAGUGGACGCCAAGUCAGUCCUGCUGACUGAAACUGGCCAUUCCCAACACGCCAUUGACAUUUCCGUUUCCGGUGAGAGGGAAGUGGAGGAAGGUGCUGAUGUGGAGAUGACGUGUCAGUGUCAUGGUUGCCACUACCCAACAUUCGACUGGUUCAAGGUGGGAUAA